AUGUCAUCCCUCCAAUACUUCGACUACGAAGGUUUUGGCGAGCGAUCCAAGCAGAAUCUCAACUACAGCCAGGCCGUCCGACUACCCAACACUAUACACAUAUCCGGCCAAGGUGAAGGGGCUGUUCAGGGAUAUGAGGAUUGA